AUGAAUUCUGCUUUGGUGUUUUUGGUGUUUGUAUUUGCCACAUUCCAGAUUGCAUUGUCUUCUUCAAGAAGGGAGAUCUUGUCUGAUUCUUCAACAGCAGCGGAGCUGGCCUCUGAUUCUCUUCUGCCUCCCUCCAAAAUGGAUGAUGAUGAAGCCCCACCUCCAAAGAUGGAUGAUGAUCAUGCACCUCCUCCCCCUUCAAAGAUGGAAGAUCAUGACCAUGAUCAUAAGGUUCCUCCUCCUCCUGACCAUGAUCAUAAGGCUCCUUCUCCACCAAAGAUGGAUGAUGGUCAUGAUCAGCUAGCUCCUCGUCCUCCAAAGAUGGAUGAUGAUGAUCAUGAUCAGCUAGCUCCUCCUCCUCCUCCAAAGAUGGAUCUAGCUCCUCCACGCAGGCCAAAGAGGAUGGGGAACAACAACAACAACAACAUCAACAUAAAUAUCAACUUGGAUAAAAAACGAUCAUGCUAG